UCAUCUCCGGGCGCCGGAAGUCCCUUUGGCGGCAUGGCGGCGGCCCUGUGGAGAGGCUACCAGAGGCUGAUGGCCCGGCACCCCUGGAAGGUGCAGAUCGGCACCGCCGGGACUCUGGUGGGCGUGGGAGAUGUGAUUUCCCAGCAGGCGGUGGAGAGGAGGGGGCUCGCUGGGCACAGCAGCCGGCGGACCCUGAAGAUGAUGGCCAUCGGUUUCUGCUUUGUGGGUCCGGUCAUUGGAGGCUGGUACCACGUCCUUGACCGUCUGGUGCCCGGCACCACCAGGGUGGCUGCGUUCCAGAAGAUGCUGCUGGAUCAGGCUGGCUUCGCCCCCUGCUUCCUGGGCUCUUUCCUGGCCGUGGCAGGAGCGCUCAACGGCCUGUCCCUGGAGGAGAACUGGGGCAAGAUCAAGCGGGACUACACGGAUGCCCUGAUCACCAACUAUUACAUCUGGCCGGCUGUGCAAGUGGCCAACUUCUACUUCGUCCCCCUGAACUACAGGCUGGCCGUGGUCCAGUGUGUUGCCAUUGUCUGGAACGCCUAUCUCUCCUGGAAGGCCAACCAGCUGUGACCGGUGGAGGAGACUCGUCCUGACUCCAGCCCCUCUGCACCCGACUCUUGUCAUCCACUGUGGCCUGCCUGGCAAUCGGCCCUGUGCACCCGCCUGCCCCACAACCAAGGGGCCAGGCUGCUCCAUGCACCCCCUCCCCAAUACUGGCCGCCCAGUGGCAGAGAGAAGCCCAGAAGACCUGAGAUAUGGUUGGGCUCCAGGCCCCAGUUGCUCCCAGCAGCUGCCUGGCCCAGUUGUCAGGGAUGGUGGGAGCUGGAGUCCAGCCACAGGUUCACCCCUGAUGGACCGUCUCGCCUGGAGCUCCUUGCUGUGUCUCUUUUGGGUGGUCUCUGGCAAGGGAAGCCCCCUCUGCCUCGACACCCGGCUUGCCAGCCCCACAUGAGGGUUGAGGGCCUCAUUCUGUGUCAUUGGGAGGCCCCAGGGGUGCUGUGACCCCUGCGCCCCACUGGAAGCUCCUCACUUGCCUCUAGCCCAGGGGUCAGCAAACUUUUUCAGCAGGGGGCCGGUCCACUGUCCCUCAGACCUGGUGGGGGGCCGGAC